CACACGAGAGCUGUGCUUCCCAGGACCAAUAUUCAGGGCCACUUCUGUGUGUUGCAGGUGACAUCAGUCUGAAUCUCUCCUUCCAGAGUGAGCGACUGAAGAUGAAGUCCUGCAGGGGAAGAGGAGGCGGCAGCCCAAACAGGCACAAGCACAAGCACAAAGAUAAGGACAAGAAACACAAACACUGUCGCAAGCCAGGGGAGAAGGGCCGGUGGAAGAAGAAAAGAGGGCACAAACACAAGAAGUGUCACAAGAAGGGCAAAGAAUGCCAUGGGUCAUCCAGCAGCUCCUGCAGCAGCAGUAGCAGCAGCAGCAGCAGCGACUCCGAUUAAGUCUUGGCAACAGGCUGUUCUUACCUCAGAAUCUCCUGAGGUGUUUUGUGCCAUCUGAAUGGCAUGAAAUAAAUGGUUCAAUCACA